CGAAAUGUAGAAGCCUAUAAGCUUUGAGUAUUUUUGGAGACCAGGGUGUUCAUACGCAUUGCUGACAUCAUUACUUUGCACCUAAUAGAGACAGGGAUUGCCACUGCUCGUGGUCCAUGUUAAAGCCGAAAAUCAAAUAAACAUAUAUAUAUUAACUAGUCCGACUAAAUUAUUACCACUAAACAAAUCUCACCUAAUUCGACCAAAAAAAAAAAAAAACAAAUCUCACCUAAUUCCCAACUUAUACCUGCUUUACAUUACAUAUAUAAACUUUGUCAAAACUAUUACUGUUAGCAACCUGUUGUUCAUUAGCCUUUAACUUAAAAUCAGCUGGCUAUGAUUAGAGAAAUUCAUAUCUCUAAACAUUAUAUAAGCCUUUAGUGUCAGAUGUUACUCUACUUUCGGUAUGAGACAUUAUAACAAAACAAUCAAACCUUUCAUUACCCAGACUAAACUCGUACUAAAAGCUCAAAAGAACUUAUUACAAUAUCUAUCCCCGUGUACAACUUACCUCAUAUUGGUCUCGGUUAUUACUUGACAUUAGGGACAUUUUAGAAAACACCACACUAAUAACUCAUGUUUUUUUUCUGUUUUUUUUCCGAGUAAUUUUUUUUCCUCUUAAAGAAAAAUUAGCUAUUAUUUUUUACGCUUUGAGGUGGAAAUAGAAAAUGAACAUGAAUAUUUUUACCUUAAAAUAAUAAACGUACAUAUAUCUUUUUACAUUCAAAGAUUAAACGACCCAUUUUAAUUUUGUGUAUGCAAUAAGAAAAGAACUAGUAUUAAUAUUAUGUCAUAAAAAUGUGGAAUGCAGAGGCAGAACCCUACAUUAGACAAGACAGCCUGUGGAACACCAAAUCAUGCAUCAUAUCCUGCUCGCAUGCUUUAUUAAACUUUUAUGAAACUAUACAAAUAAGUGGAAAAACUGAGAAAUAUUAAUCUGUAAACAUUUCUAAGUAAAACAAAAAUUAAUACCAAAUAUAGGAGAAAGAGUUAAGGAUAACAAGAAGGCUCCACACACAAAAAAAAAAGAAGGCUCCACAAACAACAAAACCAUGGCAACAUGAAAGCAAAAAAAAAAAAGCCUUUUCCCAGCAAAAGUGUAGAGAAAAACACACUCAUACCAAAAUUUCUUUUUUUCUUAUCAUCUUUCCUCUUUUCCCAAAAAUUCCAAAUAUCAACAACAGAAGAAACAUCUCAUGAUAUGGUGAUGAAGAUCAUUACAUUCAGUUUCUUAAUUUGCUUAAUCUAUAAACUCCAAGGUCACUGCAAAUCAGAUAUCAACCUUGGUUUUACUCUGCCACUCUCUGCUCCUAUAGAAUACACUCCUGGAUUUAUUGGCAAAGCUUAUUUAAUGGAGACAGAAACAUCAUCAAGAAGGGAACCAAGUUUCAAAGCCGCAUUAACGAUGGAGUCAAGCGAUUAUAAGGGACGAUAUUUGUGCUCUAUCCAAGUUUUCCUUGGAGAUGUAAGAGUUUGGAGUUCAGGGCAUUACACAGAGAUGUAUGUUUCUAGCAAAUGCAUCUUCGAGCUCACAGAAGAUGGAGACAUGAGGUUAAAGAGAAGCAAUAAGCGCGUUGGAUGGCGAAGUGGAACCUCAGGACAAGGCAUUGAGAGGUUGGAGAUACAAAGCACAGGGAAUCUAGUGUUGCUUGAUGCUAUGAAUAUGAUCAAGUGGCAAAGUUUUAACUUCCCAACAGAUGUGAUGCUGAGUGGUCAGAGACUUGAUGUGGCUACGCAACUAACUUCAUUCCCAAAAGACUCGACUAUGUUCUACUCUUUUGAAGUUCUACGUAACAAGAUUGCUCUCUUCCUCAACUUGGACAAGCUCAAGUACUCUUACUGGGAGUACAAACCUAUAGAAAACAAAACAGUCAACUUCUUGAGAUUAGGGCCAAAUGGUCUUGACAUAUUUGAUGAUAACAGCCAUAGGAUAGGGAGAAUAGAGCAACCUUUGACCAGGUUCUUGGCUAUUGGGAACAUAACCGGUAAUCUAGGUCUUUACUCGUAUAAACCGGACAAGGGAAAGUUCGAGGCAACGUUUCAAGCUUUGAGCAACACGUGUGAUCUUCCAGUAGCGUGUAAACCAUAUGGAAUCUGCACAUCUUCCAAGUCUUGUUCUUGCAUUAAAGUUAUGAGCAAAGGAGACUGCAACAACAACGAGGAGGAAUGGCUUUCGAUGAAGAGGCUAUGCGAUCACGAGAUGGUUGAGCUAGAAGGAGUCACGACGGUGCUGAGAAACGGUACUGAAGCGAGGAACGUGAGCAAAGAAAGAUGUGAGGAGUUGUGUAAGAAAGACUGUGAGUGUAGAGGGGCGAGUUACUCUGUCCCUGAUGAGAGUUGUGUGAUGUAUGGGGUUGUGAUGGGUGUUAAGGAGAUUGAGAGAGUGAGUGGGUUGAGUUAUAUGGUGAAGAUACCUAAAGGAGUGAGGUUGAGUGAUGAGAAGUCUAAUGUGAGAAAAUGGGUUGUGGGGUUAGUUGGAGGGAUUGAUGCUCUUGUCAUAUUGCUGCUUCUGUCUGGUUUUGGUUUUUAUUACAUUAGGAAGCGACGGAAGAGAUCUUCACAGCCACAGCCACAGCCGCAGCCACAACCACAGCUGCAGGAAGAUCCCAAUACAUAAUAGAUUUUCAGAGUUGUGUUGCUCAUGCAGACUUUGAUAACAUUUUUUAGGUUGCCAUAUCAAAAAGUUGUAAUGUAUUGAGAUUACUUUGUAGAAAAUUUUGUUUUUUGAAGUUUGUUUUUUGAUCAAA